UUCUCAUAUGGAGACACUUUUUUUGGCCAAUGUACACUAUCCGGAUUAUUUUCGAAGUCCGUGGGUUGGAACCUGUUAAUAAAAAAAAAUAACUGUCAAAUUCGCUCUGCUCCGCUGACUAUACUCUCCUCGCUUGUCCGUAGAAGUUAAAAUUUCCUCGGCGAAUAAGAAAAUGAUUGCGGCAUCUUAUAAUAAAAGGUGUUAUAUGUCGUGAUAUAACUAGGCGAGGCUGCUGUGAUCGAAUCUAAUAAUUAUUACGAAAGAUAACAUAUUUAUAAACAAAAUGGAAGGUGAUGCAGCGGAGUCUGCAAAUGCAAAAUCUUAUUCGGGAAUUCCUGAAGCUGUAUUUGUAGAUAAUGUUGAUGAAUUUAUGAGUUUACCAGAGAACUCUGAAGGUGUAGAUAAAGUAUUACGAAAACUUGACGAACAGCAUGGCAAGUACAAGUUUAUGGAAUACACCCUAGCAACCAAAAGAAGGCGCUUGAGGCAACAAAUUCCUGACUUAGCUAGAUCACUUGAAAUGAUAGAGAAAUUGAAAGCACAGAAGGAAGACAUGGAUACUCAAUUUUUAUUAAGUGACCAAGUUUUUGUUAAGGCUAAUGUACCACCAACUGAGAAGGUAUAUCUAUGGCUGGGAGCGAAUGUGAUGCUGGAGUACUCUUUAGAAGACGCAGAGAAGUUACUUUCUUCCAAUAUGGCUACUGCUAAGAAGAACUUAGCCUGUGUAGAGCAUGACUUGGACUUCUUACGUGAUCAAUGGACAACUACUGAAGUGAAUAUGGCAAGAGUGUACAACUGGGAUGUGAAAAAACGUCAAGCCGCUAAAGCUAACUCCUAAACUAUGCUAACCAUCACUAUAGCACCUAUCAGAAAAAAGAUAGAUUUAGUCAUAAUAUUUUAUAUGAACUAAUGGAACAAAGUAUCUUUGGCAAGUUAUUAUAUUAUGAUUUAGUUAAUAUUAACAGGUGUUUUAAUGUCACAAGUUGCCAGAGAUUGCAUUUUAAGUGUAUUAUUCUGCACUAAGUGCAUUUACAGAUACAAACUUGCUACAUAAUAGGAGUUGACUUAGCAGAACAUGUAUUUCUUUAGUUUAAAACAUUAAAGACAUAAUCAAACACUUUAUGUUCCCAUAACUAUCCAAUUAUUAAAUAGUGUUACCUACUUUUGAUGUUUUCUAAACUAACAUUAUUAUUUUGGUUUUCCAUAAUGAACUAUGGUACCCUGGUGCUUUUUAUUAACUUACUGAAUUUAGUUGUACUAUUCAUUGCCAAAUGUUUGUACUAAGUAAGACUUUAGGCAUUUAUUUUUUUUGAUUGAGAGCCCAUAUUAUUCUCAAGUUGGUCAGUUGAAUUCAGGUUACUAAAUGUUACUGAUUUGCACAUGCAUUAUUUUAUUUACAAUUCAAUUGUUGUGUUCUUCUGUUGUUCACAGAAUUUUGUAAUAAAUGCUUGCUUUUAA